UUGAUCUACUUUUCUGUCAUUCAUGCAUUAGAUAUAGCAGCUCAAGUUGUAAUUAUAUGUUAGUCUUCUCCUAUAUUGAAACCUGAACCAUGAUGUUUCUGGCUCACUUAACCAUGCGACACCUCAUCCUGGCGUGCAUUACCUCCAUAUUGUUCUACAUCUGUUGUCAUCUCAUCUACUUCUCCUGUCAAAACCAACUGAGCUCGGCGUUUGUCGACAACGAAGACAACGAAGUUCUCCGCUCGGCGCCUGACGACCUCGACAUCGCAACCCGCGGCUACUCGCACCCUGGCUGCCCCUGCAUCAGGUUCGGUUACGACCUAGCAGCUCUUAACAAGACUCGGGACUUAGCGUUGCGAGACCGACGCUCUCAGCCGCCCUGGUUCCUCGGCCGCUACCCGGAGACCUUCACGUCCACCUGCUCCCACUACUCCAGCCAGCGCGGCGUGGGGCAGAAGGUCUUGUCAUACUCGUACUACGUGCCCACGGGAGUAGCACGAGAAGAUUCUGAAGGCACUAAGCGGUUCCUGAAGCAGAUGUAUCCUCGCGCCCGUAGGAUCGCCCUCGUGUAUCCUGGCUGGCUGAUGCGCGUGUAUCACAACGUGUCCACUGAUGACGUCCUCUCAACGCGUUAUAUUUGCAAACUCUUCUGUGACAUGACUCAUGUCGACUUAUGUCAUGUCAAGGAUCUGCCAACGCUUGGUGACCUAGAGGCUCGGAUGCCUGUAGGCAGAACCUGGCGCUUCUCUGUACUCGGUGACCCCACAGUCAGCUGGUUCAUGUCACGAGACCUGGACAGCAAGAUCCUGGACCGGGAGGUGGAGGCAGUGAGGCAGUGGAGGAGGUCUGGUCGCGGCUACCACGUCAUGCGGGACCAUCCCCACCACAAGGCUGCGGUCCUUGCAGGGCUGUGGGGUGCCCACAACAAAUACCCUGCCAAGAUGGCGGCCGCGCGCGACGCCAUCUUUGCUGCUCCUGUGAACCUGACGGAGAAAUACGACCAGAUCCUCCUGCAGCAGCACCUCUGGCCCCUCAUGCAGGGUGACCUGGUGGAGCACGACUCGUAUCACUGUGAAGAUCACCCCGGCAGCAUACCGUUCCCGACGCAGCGGCAGGAGUGGCAGUACUGCGGCUGGGGGGCGUACAAGGCGGUCGAGCGCAACGUGGUCUUCAGGACGCGCUGUCCCAAGGCCUGCCGUCCUAAGGACCAUCCGCGUUGGAUAUGGUGCUAGCCGUUAUAGUGUUA